AUGGAAGCCGCUUUGUUUUCUAAUAUGGAUAUGCAGACUCCUAAUCAGUAUGCAUUGGCAAUAUCCUCACGAAUCGAUUGGAAUGAACAAGAUCAUUUAUCGAUUGAUAAGUCAUCGCAUGUUAUCGAUUCUUAUAAAACAAAUUACCUGACAAAUUGUGAUCAUUAUUUUUAUCAUUAUCGAAAGCAGAAUAAAUUUAUAUUUGAAAAUGGUCAAUCCAUGUCUUGUGCGGAAUUAUUCCAAUUAGGUUUUGGUAAUUGGACCAGUCAAAUUCAACAAUUUGGUGCUCAAUUAAAAAUAUUAAUUCAAGAUGAUUACAAUGCAGUUUGGGGUUUAGCUGCAUUGAUUUUAGUGAAUUAUAAACCAGUCAAUUAUCGUACUCCACUACUGAAUUCCAGUGAAGUCUAUUCAUUACAUCAUAGAUUUGUUGAAAUGUUAAAAAGUCAUUGUUGUUCAUCGAAUCAACACACAAACGCAACAUCGAAUUCACAAACAUCAUUGAUCAUUAUUGACUCAACGAAUCAUAAUACAACCAAUAGUAAUAAUAAUAAUAAUAAUUCAUUGAAAAAAACCAAUCGAUUUAUUACAAGCGAUCAUCAUCAUGUAACAUCUUUACCAAUAUUACGUAAUGAUUCUACUUAUUUUUCCAUAGUAUUUCAACAAAAAGAUGUGAUACAUGAAAUUACGCGGCAAUUUUUAAUUGUACCAUUAAAACAUUUAUUUGAAAGUGAUCAAACUACUUAUUCAUGGUUAAAAGAUAUUUUAGAAAUUAUUAAAUUAUCAGACUGAAUACACACACGCACACACACAAUUACGAUGAUAUUAAAAAUUAUAAUCUGAUUCUAUAAAAUAAUCAAUAAAAAAAUAUCACAUGGCAUGACAUUGAACAUUGAAUUGUAUUCAAUUAUCAAUAAUGAGAUGAGCGGGAGAAAGCCAACAGUAACUUUGAAACGUUUUACUCAGUCAUUCAUAAUUCUUACCAGUUUCAGAUGAACAAACUUUUUUCUUAAAAAAAAAAUGGCUUCACAUUUAAUUUUUCACCAAUUGGUUUUACAAUAAAGAAAUAAGCAAUUAAAUCUAUAUACAUUUUGUUCAAGUAUUUCUGUUUUGUUUUAGUGCAAUUUUUUUCUUGUUAUUUGUUGGUUUAUUCAUAGAAAAAUUGAGCAUUUAAUAUAUCCACACACAAAAAGAGGUCAUGUAUUAUACCGAUUUCCUGGCAUUUCAUGACAUAUUACACAUAAUGAAACAUAAUUCUGAAUAAUUCACACACACUUUUUUAUGCCUUCUAAAAUGUUGUAUACAUUAAUUUACACUAAUGCAGCUUUGAUUUAUUAUGUUACAGC